CAAGUGUUCAUUAGAAAGGGAAAGAGCAUCAAUGGAAUCGGAAGAGGGUUUUUCAGAGGACAUAGCGAAUCCGAUGAAGAGGAGGUACUCACGGUCGGAGCUGGAGUCUUUGAGGUUCGCCGGCGUCGAUUACCAGCGCCGGUUGUGGGACGAGGUUUACCAACGUCUCGGAUCAGUUGUCGCGGGCGAGUUUGAUUGUCUCCGGCACCCAAAACAGCAGCCUCAGAGGAAGCCGAAGAAGAAGGAGCCUCCUAUCACCUUCUCUGAAGUUCUCACUGAAAACUUUGGCCUUGGUCUGGAUGAAUUGGAUGAGACUGAUGAUCUUGCUAAUAACUAUUUGGCUGGUAACUCAAGCGGCAUUGAUGUGGAAGAGACGCUUGAAGAUGAUGAUGACAGCAGUGAUAGUGAAUCUGAUAGCAUUCAGAGACCUGCCUUCUAUGUUGAAGGAGAACCUGAUUUUGAGUCAGGUUCUCCACAAGAUGGUAUGGAGUAUCUUAGACGUGUUAGGUGGGAAGCUAAUCAAAUUCCAAAGGUGAAGGUGGCUAAGCUUAAACCAAACAAGAUUAGCAAUGAACAGACAAAUUACAUGCCCAACAUCCCUGAAAUUGCAAAGUGUCCACCAAACUUACUGCCUUCAAAACAAUGGGAGGAGGCUUUUCUCUCUGAAUUUUUAGAGAUUAGGAAGGCAUUUUCAGGUCUAGAAAAUCCUUGCAAUCAACUUUUCAAUUCAGAAAUUUCUCAGAAUUCUUGCAAGAAAUUCGAGGGCAAACAAUGGCCGGAGGGUACUCCUACAGUAAGUGCGAUUCUGUGCAUGGAUGUUGUUUCUCGAGCUGCGACACUACAAAAGAUCAUAAGUAUGCUUGAGACUGCAAGGUCUCUUUCAAAGAAUGACUGUCAAUGGUUGUUUGCACUGUGUGUGUCAGUGGAUAAUCCACUCCAUGCAGAGACUAGUGCUUCUCUCAGAUGUUUGCUCCGGAAGUGCAUGAGCCUCCUGGCCGAAAAGUCAGAAUUUGAUGACGAGGUGGUGAUGUUGAACAUGCUGGCUACUAUUGCAGGAAAAUACUUUGGUCAGUCUGGGAAAUAAUGAUUAUUGGAGCAUGAAGAAUCGGCCAUAUGUGAUAUACAGUGGAAAUUGUGUGCUGUAAAUGGAGCUUUUUCUUAUCAAUAUCACACUGAAACACCAGUUGAUGAUGUUAUGAGGCCCUAAUCUUUGUUUUCUCUCGAGUUGUGCUAGGAAAUGUUUUAAUACAAAUGAAAUUGACAAUUUUGUUAUCGAAAUAUGCUCGGAAGCUCAUAUCAGAAUUAAAAGAGAAAUUGAAACACUUAUUUUUGUUAUCCAGGCGAAAUUGGAGACUUA